GUUAUGAGUGUAGAGUUGUUCCGAGUUGUUAAGGAGGAAUUGGAUUCAAAUGGUGCAGGAGGAUUGUUGGAAAAAGUCGUCCCAAUUUCAGGCGACGUUUCUUUGGAGAACUUGGGGAUAAUAGAGUCGAGAGUAAGAGAGGAGAUAUGGCGGGAUGUGGAUAUUAUUGUCAACUCAGCUGCAACUACCAGAUUCGAUGAAAGAUAUGAUGUAGCAUUAGGCGUCAAUGCAUUGGGAGGGAUGCAUGUCCAACACUUUGCAACAAAGUGUUGUAAACUAAAGAUGCUUCUCCACGUUUCCACAGCUUAUGUGCACGGCACGAGAGCUGGAGUCAUACCGGAGGUGGCAUUUCAUAUGGGGCAGACACUUCCAGGAGCUGAAAUCCUAUAUUUGGACAUUAACACGGAGAAAAAGAUUGUUGAGAAAAGAUUGAGACAACUUCACACACUAAAUUCCACCCCGAAACAAAUCACUUCUGCUAUGAAGGACUUGGGCAUCGAAAG